CUGAAACAUUCGCGAGGAUGGCCGAGAAGCGGGCGAAGAAGCCGCGCCGGAUCAAGAUCAACAUGACGCUGGCCAAGUACGAGGUCAUCAAGAAGAUCGCAAAGGACCGCGGGUGGAAGAUGAUCAGCGACGAAGACGACAAGGCGGGCAUUGCGAGCUGCAACGUCCACUGGAUCGACGUGCCCGACUUCCUCAAUACGUUCAAGCACAUGCAGCCGUUCCAGAAGGUCAACCACUUUCCUGGCAUGUCCAACUUGGCGCGCAAGUCGAAGCUCGCGCGCAACUUCCAGCGCAUGACCAAGCUCUUCCCGUCCGAGUACGAUUUUUGCCCCAAGACGUGGAUCCUGCCGUUCGAUUACACGGAGUUCUCGCAGCAGUUUAAUGCGGACGGCACGUCGUCACGCGCUUUCAUCAUCAAGCCCGACCACUCGUGCCAAGGCCGCGGCGUCUUCCUCACCAAGCAGCUCAAGGACGUCAACAAGACCGACAUAUUUGUCGCCCAGCGCUACUUGCCGUCGCCACUCCUCAUUGGCGGCAAGAAGUUUGACUUGCGGAUCUACGUGCUCGUCUCGUCCAUCUCGCCGCUGCGCGUGUACCUCUUCCAGGACGGUCUCGUGCGCAUGUGCACGGCCGACUACACGGCGCCGAAUGCGGCCAAUAUGGAGCAAAAGUUCAUGCACCUCACCAACUAUGCGAUCAAUAAGCGCUCCAACAACUUUGAAAAGAACAAGCACGAGGCCGUCGAUGGCCAAGGCAGCAAGCGGUCGCUGCGCUGGUUCCUCUCGUGGCUCGGCGAGACGCACGACAGCGCCAAAGUCGACGCGCUCUGGGAAGGCAUCGGGGACAUCUGCCUCAAGUCGAUCCUCGCCGUCCAGCCGACGAUCGCGCACGAGUACCAUAGCACAUUUGCAAAGUUUCCAAAGCGCGUCGACGACCCCCCGAACGUCGCAUCGUCGAGCUUUGCCGUCCUUGGCAUGGACGUGCUCGUCGACGACCACCUCAAGCCGUGGCUGCUCGAGGUCAACCAUUUGCCGAGCUUUCAUUGCGACUCGCCGCUCGACUGGAACAUCAAGGAGCGCCUCCUCAACCAAACGCUCGACAUUAUGCAAAUUUCGGGCGACGACAAGGCGAAUUACGAGAGUUCGCAGGCCAAACACCUCCAACAGCGCCUUUACGGCGGCGAGAGAGCGCUCGAUGAUGGCGACAACAACCAAGACGGCGACGGCCCCGAGACGAAUGCGACGCCCGCGUCGUCACCGCCACCCUUGUCCCACGAUGACCUCACAAAAGCCCUUUUCGCGUUCUACACAGACAUGAACCUGGAAAAGUGCAAGGACAUUCCCCUCAUUGUACAAAAGUUUGAGCAUAAUCAAGACGAGCUCCACAAAAGCUUGACGGCCAAGUACACGAAAGGCGUCUUCGACUAUGCACCCCAGUGGGACGGCGAAGAGCUCGUCGACUUUGUACGGUUGUACCCGCCACCGAUCGCAACAGCGAAAAACGCAAUUUACAAGACGAUGCUCGAAGCGUGCCAGAGCAACAUCCACGAUCAACUGCUGCGACUCACGGCGCCGCUCCACCGCAAGGGCGACGAAGGCACGAAGCUCCCGCCGAUCCUCAAAGGCGGAAGCAAGAAGGAGCUCGGCCGCGACUGCUUUGGCUACACGGGCACGGACAAACUGCACCACCUCGAGCUCAAGGAAAAGAAACCAUUGGCGAUGCCGGGCCCGGCCCAGGUCGCCGCCGCCGCGCGCCUCAUGAUGGGGCACUCGAGCAAGCACUUGGACGUGGCCGUGCCCGUGCGCCCACUGUCCCAAAACGCCGCGCCGGCCCCGCGCCGCGACAGCGUCCAGUACGGCAUGGCGUACCGCGAGCGUCUCGACAGUCUCAAGAACAAGCCGACGGUCGCCAUGACCCAAAUUACGUUUGGCGGCUUUGGCUAAAACUACCUUGAAUAAGGCGCAAUGCAUGUAGAUAUUCUACCGCA